UUACCCAUAAAUUAGUUGUUUAUCAGCUGUUAGCACGCACUACUGCUAAGAGUAGUCUAGAGAACAAUAACAAAUAUAGAUCAAGCAAUAUAAUUCAAGCAAUUAUGGAUAAAACUGAAACCGAGACAGAACCAGUGACGACAACUAUGGCAGACAAAGUCAAAGUACUCUCUAUCGGAGACCCGGACGAGGACGACGUGCCAGACAUUGUUAAAAAAGUAAUCCCUAUUGAUGCUACACCUGAAUUGUUGACACAUCUUGCAAAACUUUUGCUGGGCACUCGGAAAGCUCCUGAAAUAGUCGACGAUUGGGACUUGUUGGACUGUUUUGAAGCCACAAAUAUUGAGCGGCCCAAUAAGCCCAAGCGCUAUGGAUUUCACUGUAACGGUAAAGAUAUUCCUCAUGUUCUGAUUAGUGCACGCACAUAUGAUGCCAAAUGGAUGUUUAACCGAGUCAAACAGCGGCUAAGUGAAGAAAAGUGGGUAUCAGAAAAUGUCAUCGAGACACCUUUAAAAAAUAAACCCAUAGGUGUGGAGUACGGCUGUGAUAUUUACAUACAAAACAUUGUAUCCGAUUGUUUGGAUGAGCAUAGAGAACAAAUGAUUAAUUAUGUAACAUUUCUGCAUCAAGAGCACGUAAAAAACAAAAGAAAAAGCUGAUUUGUUAAAUAAAUUAAAUC